GUGGGGCUUCACUCUUCUCCAGCGCUCAGAGAGACCACACGCCAGACACGAGGCUUCCCACUCCUCCCCUCUCAUCCUCUGCUGCUCCCUGGGCUCCCUUCCAGAGAGCUUACUCGGACCCAGGAGGAGUAACUUAAAGCUCCGUGACACAGAAACUGAGUUUCUUCUUUUUAGUUUUAAUGCUACCCUUCUGAUGGAUGGAUUUUCUCCUGCACUUUAAAGCUGUAGAUGGAAACAAAGAAGACAUGUGGAUAGAUAUCAGUGCAGCGUGAGUGAGGCAACUGGACUCAUCUUCUCCUUGGUAACUCAGACCAAACAGUAAUAAUAACACCCGGAGCAACAUCCAGUUCACCAAGGCAGUGGGUGGAUGCGGCUUUUAGCUGCAGCUAUAGGAGAAAGAAGAACCUCCAUAUCAGCUGUCUUAAAGAACGUGGACCUUCACUUUCAAUCGCUGAGCAGGAGAGAAGCGCACGUCAGGAAGAGCUGCUCUUUUGCAACCGACUUUGAUGCUGGAGCUGCGAGUGCCUGCAGGGUUUCUGUCGAUGAAGUGUGGUAAAGAAUGAAGAUGGAGUGUAUCAGGACUGUGUUUCUGCUGUUGGGCUUACUGGGUCCAGGUAAUGCAGCGCUCAGCACUUAUCCACGGAUACAGCUCUCACACAAAGAGCUCGUUCAGCUGAACAGAACCUGGGUGUUCCAGGGCCUUGGAGUGUCUCUUCAGCCCCAGACUAUGCUUUUGGAUGAAGGCCACGAGAGACUCUAUGUGGGGGCCAAGAAUACUCUGUUCUCUCUCAGUCUGGAGCGGGUUAACACGCACCCCCGAGAAAUCCAGUGGGCAAGUACUGAAACUCAAAUCGAGGACUGCCUCAUGAAGGGGAGAGAAAAGCCGGAGUGCGCAAACUACAUCAAGGUCCUGCAGCCGUACAACCAGACCCAUUUACUGGUGUGUGGAACCGGGGCUUUUAACCCAAUCUGUGCGAUGGUCAGAGUGGGACUCCCAGGGCAGAAUCGUCUCUUUGCUCUUGAAGAGGCAAGUCUCACAAGUGGCAGAGGGCGCUGUCCGUACGACCCCAAGAGUCCGUGCACGUCCAUCCUGUCAGGUGGAGAGCUCUACAUUGGACUCUACACCGACUACUGGGAAAACGAUGGAGCCUUGUGUCGACUGAACAACAGGACCUACACUCGCACUGAGAGGGACGACAGGCAGCAGCUCAACGAACCUAAAUUUGUUGGCUCGGCUGUCAUACCUGACAAUGAGGACAGUGGCGAUGACAAAGUCUACUUCUUCUUCACUGAACGCGAGGUGGAUGCUGAGGGGAUAAACAAGGCGGUCUACACACGAGUUGGAAGAGUCUGCGCGAAUGACCAGGGAGGACAGAGGAUGCUGGUGAACAGAUGGAGCUCCUUCCUGAAGGCUCGACUAAUCUGCUCAGUGGCCGGAGCGAAUGGCAUCGAUACUCAUUUUGAUAAUCUCGUGGACGUUUUCGUGCUCAAGAACAAAGAUGGAAAAAACCCGGAAAUAUUCGGGCUCUUCAGCACCACCAGUGCAGUGUUCCAAGGCUACGCCGUCUGCGUUUAUCACAUGGACGACAUCAGAGCUGCCUUUAAUGGUCCUUUCGCCUACCGGGAGAGACCCGAGCAUCAUUGGACUCCCAACGAGGAUAGAGUCCCUUUCCCACGACCUGGAUCUUGUGCCAGUAAGGUGAACGGAGGAUUUUCCAGCUCCAAGGAGUUUCCCGAUGAGGUUCUGCGGUUUGUGCGUUCGCACCCGGUGAUGUAUCGUCCAGUUGUCCCUCAACAUGGCAGACCAAUUCUACUGCAGACAGAACCCAACAAGAGAAGGCUGACCCAGAUAGCAGUCGACCGGGUCCAAGCGCAAGACGGACACUACCAUGUUCUCUACAUUGGCACAGACGACUCAUCUGUGCUGAAAGUGAUCACAAUCUACAACAAAGAUGCCAACACCAUGGAGGAAGUGCUGCUGGAGGAGCUGCAAGUCUUUAAGGACCGCGCUGAAAUUCAAGAGCUCAUCAUCUCUCCUAAACGGCAACAGCUGUACGUGGGCUCAGAUGUGGGCGUGGCCCAGGUCAAGCUGCAUCAGUGUGACCUUUACGGGUCUGAGUGCGCAGACUGCUGCCUGGCCAGGGACCCCUACUGCGCCUGGGACGGCCUCACCUGCUCCAGAUACUACCCAGCAGGGGUCUACCUGAAGAGCCGACGAUUCAGGCGACAGGAUGUUCGCCAUGGCAACGCCGUCCAGCUGUGCAACGGACUGCAAAUUGAUGAUGAACAAUGGCAGAGAGGGGAAGAGAGACGAGUGUUCGCCGUGGAGAGCAACAGCACUUUACUCAAGUGUGUUCCCAGAUCACUUCAGGCCACGGUCCUGUGGUUUCUGCAGAGAGACGGGGAGACACAGGAGGUUCUUGAAGAUGAGCGGGUCACCAAGACCUCCCAUGGCCUGCUCCUGUUAGAUGUGAAGAGCAAUGAUGCCGGCGUGUACGUGUGCCAGACAGUGGAGCACGGAUAUGUUCACACAUUACUACGGAUCACUCUGCACGUGCUCAGAGCGGAGAAGGUGGAGUCAGUGAUUCACAUGGCCACUGAUGGGGAGGGAGGGAAAACUGGAGCUGCAUGUCAUUCCCAAGCUGGACCCCCGCCAAGACCCAGCAUUAGCCCGAGAUCUCUGCUGUCGUCCUCCGUCCCCGCCGCUCACUCCAGGCUGUGGUACAAGGACUUUCUGCAGCUCAUUGGCUACGGCGACGCACAGAGAGUGGAGGAGUACUGCGAAAGAGUGUGGUGCUCAGAUAAAAAGAGGAAAAAGGCAAAAAAGAAAUACGCCACGGCCGGUGGCGAGAAGAAGGGUAAAGGGAGAAAUGAGGAAAACUCCCAUCGAGCUCCUCGACACACCUUGGAUACCUGAAGAGACUGGUGCUUAAAUGUACAUACACACACUCAUAAACGCACACACCUGAACACACAUCCAUCGUCUAAAGGUCGGACUCUGUUUGCACUUGCUCAAGGUAACUACAGUAUGGCAGAAUAGAAGCCCAGAAAGAAUGACUGAUUAAGCGACACAGGCAUUGAUCUGAAGAGACAGAACACACAGAUCAGCGGCUGCACACUGACCCUGUUCAGUCGGCUGUCACUCCAACAACAUACACAGACUGCUCCACCACCUCACUGCUCCACCUCUUAUUACAAUAAAAAAAGACCUGAGAGGCACCAAAACUGACACUGUAUGUGGAUGAGGAAAAAAAAAAAAACAAAAAAAAAAAAAAACAGGGAAAUGGCUUUUUUCAUUUUUGCGGUACAAUGUUAAGUUAUUUUCAUUAUUCUACUUGGCUAUGUUGUUGUUUAGACGUCUUCAACUGGAAACCUUUUUGUCCGACGAAUGCUUUAAGUGUCACUGUAGUGGUGUGGUUGUGUACAUGGACCACUGUCGCCAUCAUGACAUUGCGAUGCCACUAAAUGUAUGACUUUAAAAUCUUAUUAAAGUAAGUACUAUUUAAGCACUUGUGAUAGAGUUCAAUAUAAGUUGCUGUUUGUCCAUACUUGUGAUCAAUUGUCUUGUACGGUGUGAUCUACAAUGAGAUCAGGCCAAGUGUUUGAUUGUGUAUUUUCAAAGUGUUCUGUACAAUGACCCCUGUCACACACUAUUACCUCUAAUAGUAUUGUACAAUAAACAACUCAAAAGAAGAACAAUAAAUGCUUGACUGACAGAUUGUGUGGGAGGUAAAAUUUAAGAAAUAGACAUUCCUUAAAUUCAGCCAGUUCAGGAUUUAUUUGAUCAAAUGUGAAACAGUUUUGUCAAACCAUUUUUCUCCGGUUGUCAUGCCCAGGUCUAAUCGAGA